CUCCCUUUGGUAUUUCAUCAGAUCUUAUGUUCUCUAUCUAAAUGCACCUAGUUCAGCACUCACUGUGCAUUUUCAUGAGACAUAAUGGUGACUGAUCCCUUAACCACAUGCACAAUUUAUUAGUUUCCUAAAUUGUUAGUUUUACAGUGGGAAGAUGUAGCCAGGAAGGUAUUUUGGAUGACUUGGAAAAACCCAAAUUCUCAUUGCUUAUGUAAACCCCUAAGAAAUUAAAAAUACAAACAGGUGGUUUACCAUCAUCUAAACUGAAGAAAGGUGCUAAUACUCAACAGUGAGACACUAUAGCUCUUUGACCUUGAGCACUGUAAUGUGGCUUUUGUUAUAAACAUUUUGCAACUGUGGGGAAAAGAAUGAAGCAGAUGAGCAAAACUGAGGCAGGGGUUUCCCCAGAGGAUGAAUUAGCUGCAAAGCAGCUAAGAAUCUCUUGUUACCGCAGCUGUUGGUUUCCGACCUGAGAGCAGCUCAUAGGAGGGAGGAGAUCGGCGCUUUGCUCUGAAGGGGUUGGUGUAUCAGGUUUCAGUGCAGAGCACGUGUGGCUAAUGCAAGCUGAAAACGCUGCUGUCUGCUCCAGCUAGGAGUAAAGAGCGAGCUGGGAGAAUGGGGCAGGUGGCUUGGAAGGGUUUAUUUCUAUCGCUUUUUGAUUAUAAAACAGAGAAAUACGUCAUUGCAAAGAACAAGAAGGUUGGAAUUCUCUACCGAGUCGUGCAGCUCUCCAUCCUGGCUUACCUGGUGGGGUGGGUUUUUGUUGUCAAGAAAGGCUAUCAGGACACAGACACGUCCCUCCAGAGCUCUGUCAUCACCAAGCUGAAAGGGGUGGCCUUCACCAACACCUCAGAGCUGGGGGAGAGGCUGUGGGAUGUUGCGGACUACGUCAUCCCUCCACAGGGUGAAAACGUCUUCUUUGUCAUGACGAACCUGAUUGUGACCCCAAACCAGAAGCAAGCUACGUGUCCUGAGAGUGCCAGUAUUCCCGAUGCCCUGUGUUACACGGAUGGGGACUGCCCAGCAGGGGAAGCGGUGGUGGCUGGCAACGGGGUUAAGACUGGCCGUUGCUUGAAAGACAGGGACAACAUCAGAGGGACUUGUGAGAUAUUGGCCUGGUGUCCUGUGGAGAAAAGAUCCAAGUCCAAGAAACCUCUUCUUGCCAGUGCAGAAAACUUCACCAUUUACAUCAAGAACUCGAUCCGCUUCCCCAAGUUUAAGUUCUCCAAGAUGAAUGUGCUGGCAACCAGCAAUGAGUCCUACCUGAAAAGCUGCCGCUACAGCACAGAGCAUCCCUACUGCCCCAUCUUCCUCCUGGGGAACGUUGUCAGACGGGCCGGGAGCAACUUCCAGGAAAUGGCCUUGGAGGGUGGUGUGAUAGGAAUUCAGAUUGAAUGGAACUGUGAUCUUGAUAAAGCCCCUUCUGAAUGUAAUCCUCACUAUUCUUUUAGCCGGCUGGAUAACAAGUUUGCAGAAAAAUCCAUCUCUUCUGGGUACAACUUCAGGUUUGCCAAGUAUUACCAGGAUGCUAAUGGGGUCGACUACCGGACGCUCAUUAAAGCAUAUGGAAUCCGCUUUGAUGUGAUGGUGAAUGGCAAGGCAGGUAAAUUUAACAUCAUUCCCACCAUUAUCAAUAUUGGUUCAGGGCUUGCUCUCAUGGGAGCGGGAGCUUUCUUUUGUGACCUGGUGCUGCUGUAUCUGAUUAAAAAGAGUAACUUUUAUCGAGGCAAAAAGUAUGAGGAAGUAAAGUCCAGUUCCAGGAAAUCAUUAACUAGCCCUACUCAUAAUGGGAAUCAGAGCCCAGAACAGCUCGGUGGGCUCUAGACACAGCGAUGGGUCUGCCAGCUGGAAACAUAUUCCAGGAAAAUUGCAGAGCUGUGGAAUCGCACUAGGACUGGGAGGUGGAGACACCACAGAUCAGAUCUGCUGUAUUCUCAGGAGUCCCAGAGAAGACAAAAUGUCCUUCCAGAGAAGCUCUUCUUGCCCUCAGAUGCUCUCUGAUAUCCUGAGCUUGCAACAGCUGUUAUCACUAUGGAUUUGUAAAAGAAUUUUAUAAAAGGAAAAGGAAGAAACCAACUGAAUGUUUUUAUAUCUAUUUAUAGAUGCAUCUGUCAAUAACCAGCAUUAUGCUGUGACUGUGCUUUGCUUCUGUGUGCGGAAGAGCAGCAAUGUGAAACACCACUGGCAUUUUGAGGAGGCCAAGAGUCAACCUGUCUUCUGCUCCACUGGCUUGCAACCACAGCUCCUAACUCUCGCUUGUUUUAUUUGCAAGAUUAGAUGUAAAGCAGCAGGACUGCUCGUGUCAGGAAGUGCAGCAAAAUGCAGUAUUUCAGCAGCCCACAGAGCCCAGGGAAAUGGAGCUCAUUAUCCUACAGUGCUCAUGCUGACUAGGCACGUUUCAGGGGGCAACGCUGUGUUUGUGUAACCAUGAGGGCUAGAAAAACUGCUCCUUCAGGAAAAGCCCUUAAAACAGCUGCAACAAGGUGCUCUGCUCAUCGCUCUUAGGAGUGGUGGGACAAGAGGAGAAUGAGUAUGCCACAACUUUGAAUGGAAGAUCAGUUUUAGCCCUGUCGGGGUCCCAGCUACCUCAUCUGCUGCCCAGGUUUUCCACUCAUAAUUGGACCAGAGAACCAACAUUUUGGAGUACGGAAAAGGUAUCAGCAGGCAGAAGAAUAUUUUGAAGCAGGGCAGGGGCAGAUGUUUUUGUAGUUGACAGUGGAGGGAAAGGGGUUUAGCACGCUGAAAAGCAACACAGCACUGACAGUAUUGGCAUGGAGAUGAUUUUAGGUUCUCCAUUCUUUGUUUCGUGGUUGAUUUCAUUUGUUGAUGUUGGCACAGGAUUAUCCUUUCUGCAUCACUUACAAUUU